AUUUCCGUCAGGCCGACGGCCUCCGCUUGGAUGCGAUCUCGGUUUUUUCCGGCGCUAGAUGUUUUCCCCCUCGGUCUGCCGAUCUGCUGUUCUUUCGGCUGUUUCCGUAAACGAAACGACCAACGCCUCCGAUCGGCACUUUCCGUGACUCUUGUAAAAGCUACUCCCGAGAACGCCCCAAAGUGCCGCGAGCAAUCCCUGGCCACUGAUUGGCUGAGGCCUCUCCUCUCGUUCGCCUCCCUCAACUUUAAAUGCGUUGCCUGCGGGAAAGAAACUCUGCAAGACGGAACUUCGAGAGGUCAGAGUGAGUUGCGGCUCGGCUGAGUAUGGUAAAGUGGUAACGCCUUUGGCCUUUGGGAAAACCGCCUGCGGGACGAGAUUAAAUCGAAGUCUGAAAAGAGACGCGUUGCAGCUCAGCUCGUUCGAAAAGAAAUUGGUGAGGAUAUAUAGCCAAUAGAAGAAAGCACCCUUGUCUUCCAAAGAGGAUAAAGUCAGCAGGAUGGCUCAGCAGGGAACUACUCUCCAGGGCUGCAAUAAUGAACUUGUGAAGUAUAUGGAAGAGUUGUGCAUGCAAAAGACAGAAGUAGACGAACAAAUUGCAAAGUUGAUAGCAGACAAAACUAAGAUUCAAAAUGAAAUUGCGAUGUUAACCAUACAACUGGAAAGUAUAAGUGAAAGUUUACUUUGGAAAAAUGCAAUUCAAAAGAAGCUUGAUACCAUUCUUGCUGAAGGAAUAUUCGCAUAUGACAAGAUUUUGGACAGUUCUAAAAUAUUGUUAGAUGUCUUGAAAAAAGAGAUAGAGAAUUUAGACAAACUGAUAGCAUUGAAAAAGAUAUUCAGUGAAUCAAUGUCAUCUUCCGAAUCUGACUAAGCCAAUGUUAACACUGGGAAACGAAUGGGUUAAGAAAUGCCAUCUUUUAUUUUUCUAUUAUUUGCUUUAUUAAUUAUUUGUCAGAUAAAAAGGUGAGGACCAAAUAUUUUUAUUUUCGUUAAAAUAAGAUAUAAGUCUUAUAGCCCUGUUCCCAGUAAACAUGCAGAGGUGUAAAUUGAGAAUGUAAAGUGGGAGAGUAAGUCCAUUUUUCUCUUUCCACAUUUAAUUUAUCUUAUCCCUGGUGGAUCAUAGUUAAUUUUUCGUUCUGUGAAGGAUAUCCCCAAACUUUGUUUGUUUGG